CAGCAGCUGAGAGAGAGAGAGAGAGAGAGUGAGAGAGAGAGAGAGCGAGAGAGAGUUAAAACGUCGCGUCCUUGCAGCUCACCGUCUUCUCUGAAAUAAAGCCUCUCAUCUUGUCACCAUGUCCAAGCCUCUGACCGACCAGGACAGGAGGAAACAGAUCUCGGUGCGCGGUCUUGCCGGGGUGGAAAACGUCGCCGACCUUAAGACCAACUUCAACCGGCACCUGCAUUUCACCCUGGUGAAGGACCGCAAUGUGGCCACGAAACGGGAUUACUACCUGGCGCUGGCCAACACCGUGCGGGACCACCUAGUGGGCAGAUGGAUCAGGACACAGCAGCACUACUACGAGACCGACCCGAAACGGGUGUACUACCUUUCUCUGGAGUUCUACAUGGGGCGCACCCUGCAGAACACCAUGGUCAAUCUGGCCCUGGAGGGCGCCUGCGAUGAGGCCACCUACCAGUUGGGACUGGAUAUGGAGGAGCUGCAGGACAUUGAGGAGGACGCAGGCUUGGGCAAUGGAGGCCUGGGCCGUCUGGCAGCCUGCUUCCUCGACUCGAUGGCGUCUCUGGGCUUGGCAGCUUAUGGUUAUGGAAUCCGUUACGAGUUUGGCAUUUUCAACCAGAAAAUUGUCAAUGGUUGGCAGGUCGAGGAGGCAGAUGAUUGGCUGCGAUAUGGUAACCCGUGGGAGAAGGCCCGUCCCGAGUACAUGCGCCCCGUGCACUUUUACGGCCGAGUGGAGCACCAUCCUGAUGGAGUCAAAUGGGUAGACACACAGGUGGUUCUGGCCCUGCCGUAUGACACUCCAGUCCCUGGAUACAGAAACAAUGUAGUUAACACCAUGAGACUGUGGUCAGCCAAAGCCCCCUGCGAAUUUAACCUCAAGGACUUUAAUGUUGGGGGCUACAUCCAAGCUGUUCUGGACAGAAAUCUGGCUGAGAAUAUUUCCCGCGUGCUCUACCCCAAUGACAAUUUCUUUGAGGGGAAGGAGCUCCGUCUCAAACAGGAGUACUUUGUGGUGGCUGCUACUCUUCAGGACAUCAUCCGCCGUUUCAAGGCCUCUAAGUUCGGCUCGACAGAGGUGGUGCGCACAGACCUGAACAAGUUACCUGAGAAGGUGGCCAUCCAGCUGAAUGACACACACCCAGCCCUCGCUAUCCCUGAACUGAUGAGGAUCCUGCUGGAUGAGGAGAAAGUCUCCUGGGAAACAGCAUGGGACAUUACCGUGCGUACUUGCGCCUACACUAACCACACCGUCCUUCCAGAGGCUCUGGAGCGUUGGCCUGUCGACCUGUUCCAGAACCUCCUGCCUCGCCACCUGGAGAUCAUCUACGAGAUCAACCAGCACCACCUGGAGCGAAUCUCCACUCUGUACCCUGGUGAUAACGACCGUUUGAGGCGCAUGUCUCUGAUCGAAGAAGGAGGACUGAAGAAGAUCAACAUGGCUCAUCUGUGCAUCGUCGGCUCUCAUGCUGUAAACGGUGUGGCUCGAAUCCACUCAGAAAUCAUCAAAAACACAGUGUUUAAGGACUUUUAUGAAGUGGACCCACAGAAGUUCCAGAACAAGACCAACGGCAUCACCCCUCGCCGCUGGCUAGUCAUGUGCAACCCUGGCCUUGCGGAAGUCAUUGCUGAGCGAAUCGGUGAGGACUACAUUCGUGAUCUGGAUCAGCUGAAGAAACUCCUGGAGUUUGUGGAUGAUGAGGCCUUCAUCCGAGAUGUUGCCAAGAUCAAACAGGAGAAUAAGAUGAAAUUUGCUGUGCAUCUCGAAGAGCAUUAUAAGGUUAAAAUCAACCCGAACUCCAUGUUUGAUAUUCAAGUGAAGAGGAUCCAUGAGUACAAGAGGCAGCUGUUGAACUGCCUGCACAUCAUCACUUUCUAUAACCGUAUCAGAAAGGAACCAAACAAGGCCUGGACACCCAGGACGGUUAUGAUCGGAGGAAAAGCUGCUCCAGGCUACCACAUGGCUAAGAUGAUCAUUAAGCUCAUCACAUCUAUUGGAGAGGUGGUGAAUAAUGACCCGGUGGUGGGAGACCGCCUUAAAGUCAUCUUCCUGGAGAACUACAGGGUUACACUGGCUGAGAAAGCAAUCCCAGCAGCUGACCUGUCUCAGCAGAUUUCCACUGCAGGGACAGAAGCUUCUGGAACAGGAAAUAUGAAGUUCAUGUUGAAUGGCUCUCUGACAAUCGGCACUAUGGAUGGAGCCAAUGUGGAGAUGGCAGAGGAGGCCGGAGAAGGAAACCUCUUCAUAUUUGGAAUGAGAGUGGAGGAUGUCGAGGCCAUGGAUAAGAAAGGGUACAAUGCUGCUGAGUAUUACAACCGCAUCCCAGAGCUAAAGCAAGCCAUUGAUCAAAUUUCUGGAGGAUUUUUCAGUCCCACUCAGCCAGACCUCUUCAAGGACAUCGUCAACAUGCUGAUGAAUCAUGACAGGUUCAAAGUAUUUGCGGACUAUGAGGACUAUAUUAAAUGCCAGGAGAGAGUUAGCACUGUGUACAAGAACACUAAGGAAUGGACCAAACUGGUGAUCCACAACAUAGCCGGUUGUGGCAAGUUCUCGAGUGACAGGACCAUCACUCAGUACGCCCGUGAGAUUUGGGGUAUGGAGCCGAGUUUGGAGAAGAUCGCCGCUCCAGACGACCCUCGCUAAGCAGCUACUCAGCAUUCAAAAGCUCUUUUAACUGGAGUUGUUCUCACAUUUAGUUAAUUUCUGCAUUGUGCUUGUGGAGAUGUGUGCUGUGUGAUUCUGUCAUUACUUGAUUGUGUUACAAAUGUCUUCCUGUCCUGUGAGAUCUGGUUCCCUGGCCUCAGUUUCAGAAAUUAAUUUCAGUGUGGUGUGUAAUAACACGAGAAAGGAAUGUUUUAUUCAUGUUACUCAGAUGAACUAAAAUGGGUCUGGGAACAGAAAGCUAAGCAUUUAAUAGUUUUAAUAUAUUUUUUUUGAAUGUA